UCACUCGGUGUUUUGCAUCUGGUUAGGUUUCUUGGCUUACCUACAAAGGAUACGGAGGCGACAGGCGGGAGACCCCCCACAAGUUUGCCUUCUCGAGAGCUCCCGGAAGAACACGGCGGAGGGCCACCGGGGGCGGCCGAACGCCAGAUUCGUCCUGUGGCGUUUGUUUCGCUGAGGGGAGGGAGGAACUAGAAGGGAAGACGAUGGGGAGGAAGAACGGAAAAGGAGGAGGGCAACAGCAGCAGCUGGGACCGGUCUCCGAGGCCUCUCGCGUUCGAAUUGCGAGAAUUCUUGAGGAGUUCCAGGCAUCCCAAGAUGAAGUUUACACAUUUGAACCAGGUUUGUCAAAACAAGAGCGUGCAUUAAUUCAUAUGAUGUGCAGAAAAAUGGGCAUGGUAUCGAGAAGUUCUGGGUAUGGAGAAAGAAGGCAACUUUCUGUAUACAAAAGCAAAAGGAAAAACCGAUCCCUUAAGAAGGAAGAAGUUAAUGCUGGCUUGCAAUUGUCAGAAGAGACAAAAAAUAUUAUACAAGAUCUUUUCAUGCGUUAUCCGCCUGAUGAUACAGACCUGAGUGAAGAUGCAGCACCCAACUCUAAAGCAAAUGCUGCUAAAAGACAGUGGAAACCAGAUACUAGCUUUUGUAGGCCAUCAAUGGGAAAAUCUGACAUUCAACAGAAGAUGGACGAGUUAGCCUCUAAAAUAAGUAAUUCGACACAUCUUACAAAGGUUGUGGAAGAUAGAGCUAAACUUCCAAUUGCAUCGUUCAAACAUCUGAUUACUUCCACACUGGAAAAUAACCAGGUUGUACUUAUAUCCGGUGAAACUGGUUGUGGAAAAACCACUCAGGUUCCUCAGUAUCUGUUGGAAUAUAUGUGGGAUAAAGGUGAGACUUGCAAGAUCGUAUGCACACAGCCAAGACGGAUAUCAGCUAUUUCAGUUGCUGAAAGGAUCUCUUAUGAAAGAGGGGAAACUGUUGGAGAGACUGUUGGAUACAGGAUUCGCUUGGAGUCGAAGGGUGGGAAACAAUCGUCAAUAAUGUUCUGCACAAAUGGAGUACUUUUGAGAUUGUUGAUUAGCAGAGGUUCGAGUAUGUCAAGCACUGACAGUGGGAACAGUUUACUGGAAGACUGUUUCCAAGGAAUAACUCAUGUUAUUGUGGAUGAAAUUCACGAGAGGGAUAGAUUUUCUGAUUUUAUGCUGACAAUACUCAGAGAUUUGCUGCCUUCAUAUCCACAUAUACGAUUGGUGCUCAUGAGUGCUACUAUUGAUGCUGAGCGAUUUUCCAACUACUUUUAUGGAUGCCCCAUUAUUCAAGUUCCGGGUUUCACUUAUCCUGUCACGGUUUUUUAUUUGGAGGACGUGCUUUCUAUCUUGAAAUCUAUGGAUGAUAAUCAUCUAAACCAUGCUGCAGUUGAUUCUGACGAGAGUAGCCCCCUGUCUGAAGAAUACAGAAAUUCUCUGGACGAAGCAGUAACUUUGGCUUUAACUAAUGAAGAAUUUGAUCCCUUGCUAGAAUUGAUUUCUUCUGAGCAAACACAGAGAAUCUACAACUACAGACAUUCUUCGACGGGUGUAUCACCCUUGAUGGUAUUUGCAGGAAAGGGCAAAGUUGGUGAUGUCUGCAUGCUUCUAUCCUAUGGUGCUGAUUGUUCUUUAUCUGACAACAAUGGUAGAUGCGCUCUAGAUUGGGCUGAAUGUGAGAAUCAGAUACAGGUAUAUGAAAUUAUCAAGAAACAUAUGGAGAAAGAUAACUCAAAAUCAGUAGAGGAGGAGAAGCUGCUAAAUGAGUACCUUGCAUGUAUUAAUCCAGAACAUAUCGACACUCUGCUCAUAGAGCGACUCUUAAGGAAGAUUUGCACUGAUUCGACAGAAGGAGCAAUUCUAAUCUUUCUUCCUGGAUGGGAUGACAUUAAUCAAACCAGAGAAAAGUUGGUUGCUUCAUCAUUCUUUCAAGAUGAAUCAAAGUUUUUGAUACUCUCUCUCCAUUCUAUGAUUCCAUCUGCAGAGCAAAAGAAGGUUUUUAAAUGCCCGCCUAUUGGCAUUCGUAAAAUCAUUUUGUCAACAAACAUUGCAGAGACUGCUGUUACAAUUGAUGAUGUUGUAUAUGUAAUAGAUAGUGGUCGAAUGAAGGAAAAAAAUUAUGAUCCAUAUAACAAUGUAUCUACACUUCAUUCUUCUUGGGUAUCAAAAGCUAGUGCAAGACAACGUGAGGGUCGUGCUGGUCGUUGUCAGCCAGGGACCUGUUACCACCUUUUUUCUAAAUUCCGUGCAGUAUCUUUGCCGGAGUACCAAGUUCCUGAGAUAAAAAGGAUGCCUAUUGAGGAACUUUGUUUGCAGGUAAAAUUGCUUGAUCCCAAUUGUAAAGUAGCAGAUUUUCUACAAAAAACACUUGAUCCUCCUGUUUCUGAAACAAUUCGCAAUGCAAUAAUUGUUCUUCAAGAUAUUGGUGCCUUAAUGAAUGAUGAAAAACUGACUGAUCUUGGGGAGAAGCUUGGUUCCCUUCCUGUCCAUCCCUCAACUAGCAAGAUGCUUUUAUUUGCAAUUUUGAUGAAUUGCUUGGACCCUGCAUUGACUCUAGCAUGUGCAGCUGAUUAUCGAGAACCAUUCCUUCUUCCAGUGGCUCCAGAUGAGAGGAAGAAAGCUGCCCUAGCGAAACUUGAAUUGGCUUCCUUGUAUGGUGGUUAUAGUGAUCAACUUGCUGUUGUUGCAGCAUUUGAUUGUUGGAAGAAGGCAAAAGGUAGAGGUCUGGAGUCACAAUUCUGUUCUAGGUAUUAUAUCUCAUCAAGCACAAUGAAUAUGCUAUUUAGCAUGAGGAAGCAGCUUCAAAGCGAACUUGCAAAACAUGGAUUUAUUCCACAAAAUGUGUCAAGUUGUAGUGUAAAUGCUCACGAUCCUGGUAUUCUACGGGCUGUACUUGUGGCUGGUGCGUAUCCAAUGAUCGGGAGAUUGCUUCCACGUCGAAAGAAUGAUAAAAGAGCCAUAGUGGAGACUGCUGGUGGUGCCAAAGCUCGCUUGCAUCCCCAUUCCUCUAACUUUGAUUUUUCAUUAAGAAAGCAAGCCGAGUGCCCACUUGUUCUUUAUGAUGAAAUUACUCGUGGGGAUGGGGGAAUGUAUAUAAGAAACUGUUCUCUUGUUGGUCCAUAUCCAUUAUUGUUUCUUGCAGUGGAAAUGGUUGUUGCUCCUACAAGUGGCCCUGAUGAUAGUGAUGAAGAUGUUGAUGAUUCUGGUGAUGAGGAAGAUGAGAUGGAGCAACUUGUAUCCUCUAGUCAUGGGGAAGAAAUAAUGUCUUCUCCUGAAAAUAAUGUUUCAGUAGUUAUUGAUGGAUGGUUAAGACUUGAAUCAACUGCCCUUGAUGUUGCGCAGAUAUAUUGCCUUCGUGAGCGUCUAUUUUCCGCUAUCCUAUUCAAGGCAAAGAAUCCACAGGCAGUUCUACCACCUGCUUUGGGGGCGUCAGUGUAUGCUAUUGCCUGUAUUCUUUCUUGUGACGGAUUGCCUAGUGCACUUGCUGAUGCACCACCAUAUCGACAGCAAUCCCCUAGAGAUAAAGUUGACAUGAAUAAAUCUAUUCAGGGAAAAAGACAAGGGGGCUUCAUUCAACCUGGUGGCUUCCUGAGAUCCUUAAUUUCAGACAAUGUCCGAACUGCUAAUGUCCACAUAGUCAGAAAUGCUAAGCAUAGUUCUCACAUGCAAUCAUAUUCUCAGCCACAGGUCUCACCCAUCUCUACUUUUCCGGGAGCAAAUUCUAGUAGUUCCACACCAAGGAUAAGAUCAUUCAAGAGGCAUCGUUGAAAGGCUACUCUAGCCAUCGUGGAUACUUGUGAUAGUGACUGUAUUUCCCCUCUGAGCACUCAUCCGCUGGGAUAGGAAUCCUUGAUGACCCCACCUAAUUGAGGAAGCUAGUUGCCACUUGAUGGAUGUCUGUUUACAAACUCUGCAAACAUAGAAGGUUUUUUUUACAGUGUCUUGAUGGCAGCUGGAUGCACCGUGCAUUUAUGGUAUCAUCUAAAUAGCAGACCAUUUCCUGUAGCAAACCAUCUUAUCUUUGAUAUGAAGCAAACUAGAAAAUUUCCCGAGUUACAGAAAUCUGCUAGACUUUCUGUUAUUUUUAAGAAAGUGCUAGCGUAAGUAAUUGAUUACCUUUCUUUAUUAUCACAAUUCUUGGUUUUCUUGUCAGAUAGACGUCUUGCUAUGUAACAAAGCAACAAUAAGUGGGUGGGUGUAGAUGAUUUCGUCAACAAAAUCUGCUUCGCCCUCCCUCGAAAUCAGAUUAUAUUGCAGUCAAUUGUACUUAUCAUUACAAACAACAUUCGAUCAUCAGUUGCUUUUAGCUGGUUGUAUCUAUGACGUCUUACUGUAAAAGGUUAGAUAUCAGCUUUUUAGAAAAUUACUUGACACUUGCGGAUU